CUUAUACGAAGUACUUCGUACAUAGAAGAGCUGGACUAGUUGAAUCUGACGCUCGGACUCGCAACUGAGAACCCUAGUCCAAAUCUGUGUCUUGCAUAUCUCCAUCGUCUCUUCCACACCGAUGUAAAAUUAACGUUUCAAUCUUCUGAUAGUUCUGAAAAUGGCCGCUAGGAUCUCGAAAUCCCCUUCCAUUCCUCUAGCCAUCAGACUCCUCUCCCCUAACCGCACACCAUUAUCGUCCCGACCUUUAUGCACGGCGGCCGAGACCCGGACCCGGAAACUUGAUCGCAUCGCCGACGAGCUUCUGGACCUCACCAAGCUCGAAAGGUACGAUUACGGCAUCCUUUUCCGGCACAAAAUGGGCCUCAACCGGUACGGACCCGCAGUGUCAGGCCCGGCCUCAUCUGGCUCCGCUGGGCCCGCGGCGGCUGAAACCAAGGCGGCAGAGAAGACCGUGUUCGAUCUGAAGCUGGAGAAGUUCGACACAGCGGCUAAGAUCAAGGUCAUUAAGGAGAUAAGAGCUUUUACAAGUUUGGGUUUAAAGGAAGCAAAGGAGCUGGUGGAGAAAGCUCCGGUGGUGGUGAAGAAUGGGCUCAGUAAAGAAGAAGGUAAUGCCAUUAUCGACAAGCUUAAGGAAUUAGGUGCUACUGCGGUACUGGAAUAAAUCACCAAUUGUAGUUCUUUUUUCUCUUUUGUUGUAGAAUAACUCUUACUGCAGUUGGAAAAAUGGAAUUUUUAAUGUCUGUUUUGACGAGAUUAUUGAUAUCCCAUCCCACAAUUGUUGAUAAUGCUGAUAUAUUUGGUUGGUGAUUUCACACACCGUGAAUCGCAGUAUCAUUUAGC